AUGGAUAAUAAUAAACAAUUCUCAAACUUAUGGAUAAAAAUUAAAAAAGCUUCAAUAAAUAUUUCAAAUUUAGGAUUAUCAAUUAAUCAAUUCCAUGGUGGUGGAUUAUUAAAUCAAUUAUUAAAAGAUAUUUUAUCAUUGUUAAGAUUAAAUAAUGUUUCAUUAUUAUUCUCCACACAAGUGAAAUUGAUUUUACUAGAUUGUUUUCAAUACAUUAUAAAACAAUUACAUACUAGUAAUCAUGUGCAAAAUUAUUUAGAUUCUUAUUUUAAAUCAAUUGAUAAUGAAUCAAUCAUUGGUUCAUUAGAUCAUUCUUCAAAUAAUUAUCCAUUUUUAUCUUUAUUAUUUUUAUUAUCAAGAUAUCAAGGAUUUAUAAAUAAUUUAAAUAGUAGUGAUAAUCAAAAUGAACAAAAUAGAAUUAUAAUUAUAAAAACAGAAAAUUAUUUAAAUUUAUUAUUAGUAAAUUAUUUAAAGAGUGGAUAUAUUGGUAAUACUAGAAGAGGUAGUAGCACUAGUGGUGGAGGUGGUGGUAGCGCAAGUAGUAGAGGUGGUGGUAGUGGUUUUACAGAUGAGGAACAGUUUGUUUUAUCAGAAGAUGAUGAUGAAAUGAUGAGUAGUGGUAGUGGUGGAAGUGGAGCUAAUCAACAAAAUCAAAAAUUAAAAAUUUUAGAGAAUGAAUUAUUAGUAAAUGUAUUUUUUAAAUUCUUUUCAAUAAUUGUUGAGAAUAAUAAUUUAGCAAUCUCAUCAUCACCAUCAUUAUCUCGUUCUUCAUCUUUAACAAAUGUUUCAACUGCAACAACAGCAACAACAAUAAAUACCUCAUCAUCAUCAUCAUCAUCGUUACAAUUGGUUAAUAUUAAUAAUAAUUCAAAAAAAAUUUUAAAUGGUAUGGAUAUUAAAAUUUUAAUAUCAUUAUUUUGUAUUGAACUUUCAAAUAGCGCAACAGAGGUUUCAUUAGUAUCACCAUUAUCAUUGGAUUCCGUAAAGGUAUUUGUGGAUUACUCUUUAAAAUUUUUAAACCAAUUAUCAGAAUUAGAUUUCAAUACCUUAGUCUCAUAUUAUCAAUUAUUAAACCAUAAGUUCAUUUUCUUUAAAUAUUAUUUAAAGUCAAAUGAAAAUGUAUAUUUAUCGACAAAAUCAAGAGUAAUAUCAAUUUUAAAUGUAUCAAAUCAACCAAUAUUACAAUUAGAAUUAGUUGAAAUCUUAAUUGAAUGUUUAUUCAAUGAUUAUGGUAAUAGUGAUGGUGAUAAUGAAGAUAUUGAAAUAUUGAAAUUUAUUAUUGAUAUUGUUAGUGGUGUACAAUAUAUUUCCGAUACAUCCAAAUCAAAGAUUGGAAAUGAAAUCUUUGAAAGAUUCUUUAAAUCUGACCAAAAUCAAAGACCAUUAGUAAAUUACUUUUUACAAGAAUUUACUCAAAGAAAUAAAAAACAAUUAACAACAUUAUUUCAAAAUCAUAUGAAUUCAAUUCUAACACCUGUAUUUCAUAAAAAUUCAAAUUUAUUUAGUUUAAAAUAUUUUAAAACUUUUAUAACAAGUCCAGAAUUUAAAUUAUUAAUAUCAGAAAGUGAAAUAUUUUUAAAUCAAAUUACAGUAAUUCCAAAUGAAUUAAAUGUAUUGGAAUAUUAUGAUAUCCUUUGUAAAGUAUCAUCAAUUAAAUUAACACAGCAAAUUUUAUGUGACCUUUCUUUAAAUGAUUUAUUAGAUUUUUCAAUUAAACAAGAUUUAUUACAUUUAAAUCCAAUUGGUUUUAGAUUUGCUUUAAAAAAUCAAAUUGAUAAAUAUGAUAAAAAUAAAUUAGAUGAAACUAUUUUUAAAGAAAUUAUAAAUUUUGAAGAAAAAAGAGUAAAUGUUGAAUUUUCAAUUGAAAAUAAUUUAAAAGGUGGAUUAAUUCAAUAUAAAUCAAUUUGUCAAACAUUGGUUGAUAUUAUAAUUGGUAGUAGUUCAUGGUUAGAUAUUUCAAAAGCAGAUAACAUUAAAUCAAAUUCAUUAGUUUGGGUAUUAUUUAUUAAUCAAUAUAUUGAAUAUCAAAUUUCAAAGAUAUUAGAAUACGAAUAUCGUUUUAAUAAUUUAUCAACACCAGAGGAGAAAUCAACAUUUACUUUUUCCAUCUCCUUUGAAAAAUUAUUUUCACCAAUUUUAAAAUUAAAUUCUUUAAAAGAGUUUAUAAAAAAACGUACAAAUACAACUGAUGAUAAUGAUAAUUUUGAAUUAAUUGAAAAUAAUAAUAAUAAUAAUAUUAAUAAUAAUAAUCAAAUUAUUAUAAUCUCACCAGAUUUAAAUAAUAAUGAUAAUAAUAAUGAAACAACAAAGAAUUUAUGGGAAAAUGAAUUCAGAGUAUUAAAUUCAUUAAUAUUUAAAAUUAAAGAUUAUUUAAUGAAUAGAGUUAAAUAUUUAGAAGAAAUGUAUGAACCAACUUUUACAAAUGAAUAUCAAAAUGUAAUUCAAUUAUUAAAAGAUUUCUAUAAAGUUAAUACAACCGAUUUGUUCUCAGAGAUAUCAGAAUUAGAAUAUAAUUAUCAUAAUGAUAAGAAACUUUAUCCAUUAUUUAAAAAGUAUACUGAAUAUAUGAAAAGAUUUGGUUUCAACAUUAAAGAUUUAAAUAUUGAACCUAGAAAAUUAAAUUAUCAAAUUAUAUCUUAUUCAAAUUUAUUUAAAAAGAAAACUUUUAAUAAUAAUAAUAAUAAUAAUAAUAAUAAUAAUAAUAAUAAUGAUGAUGAUACAAGUUAUAUAAUUGGUAAUACAAAUUCUGUAAAAAGUAAACAAUCUUUAAUAAAUCAAUCAAUAAUUUCAAAAUCAACUAGUAAUAGUAGUGCUAAUAAUUGUAAUAUAAGUAAUAAUAGUAAUAGUAGUAAUAAUAGUAAUAGCAGUAAUAAUAGUAAUAGUGGUAAUAAUAGUAGUAAUGGUAGUAAUGAAGGUUCAGAAGAAGAAGAAAUUAAUAAUAAUAAUAAUAAUAAUAAUCAAAGUACAAAUAUCAAUAAUGUAAAUCUUUUAAGUGUAAAUCAAAAUCGUAAUAAUAAUAAUAUUAAUAAUAAUAUUAAUAACAAUAAUAAACAACAACAAGAAUUUUAUAGACAAAAAUAUAAUAUUGAUGAAAUGAUUGAAAUGAUAAAAUUUAUUGGUUAUUUUAGAAUGAAUAGAGUAACAAUAUUUAGUUUAUUAUUUGAAGAGUUUUCAUUAGAAGAGAAAUCAUUAAAUAAAGUAGUAGAAAUGAUUAAAGACUAUUUUAAACAAUUAGUACCAAUAUCAAAUAUAGAUUUAAUAAAAGUACCAAUUAAUUCAUUACUUGAUAGAGUAAUAAAUGAUCAUUCAAUUGAUUUCAAAAGAGAGAUUUUAUUAAUUUAUGAAUUCCUUUAUCCAUCAACUAUAACAAUAACAACAACAGCAACAAAAGAAAAAGAGUUUAGUAGAAAUCCAUUAUCAAUGUCAAGAGUAUUUAAUCAAGAUACAAUUAAUGAAGAAGAAGAAGAAGAAGAAGGGGAACAAGAAGAAGAAUCAGAUUUUUCAAUAGUUUAUCAAGAGAUUUCUAAAUUAUUUGAAAAUUGUAAAAGAUAUUUUAUAUUUCAAAGAGAUAUUCAACAUUUUAUUGAUUUUAUUUAUAGAGAAUCAGAUUAUAUUGAAAUUUCAAAUUUAACAUCAUUUAAUCAAGAGUUGGAAUCAUUAAAACAAGAGAAAUGGACAACUGUGAAAUUAUCUGUAGAUAUUGAAAAUAGAAUUCAACAAUUAAUUGGUACAAAUUCAAUUUAUCAUCUUCAACUAUUUCAAGGUAUCAAUAGACAAUUAAUGGAUUGGUUCUCAAAGUUUAGUGAUAUUCAAAAUUUCGUUAGUCAAUGUCAAAUGAUUAAUGAUAGAAUUUCAAUGGAAUUAGAUAGAUCAGAGAAUAGUAAUUUAAUUAAUAAUGCUGAUUAUGCAUUUAAAUCAAUUCAUAGAUUCGUUAAAUAUUAUAAAACUUAUAAAAAAUCUUUAAAAGAUAAUCAAAAUAAUAAUAAUAAUAAUAAUAAUAAUAAUAAUAAUAAUAAUAAUAAUAAUAAUAAUAAUAAUAAUAAUAAUCAAAAUAAUAAUCAAAAUAAUAAUAAUAAUAUUAUUAAAUCAAAAUUUGAAAAUGUUUAUCAAUUCUUUGAAAGUAGUUUUUGUAAUGAUUCACCAUCAUCAUUUAAUAUAUUAGUAAAAGUUUUUAAGAAUAUUGAUAAGAUAAAAGUAAUUUUCGAAUCAUAUACAUUAGAUGAUUCAAAAAAUAUUGCAAAGAUUGCACAAUUAAUUGUAAAAGAGAAAUCUAAAUUCAUUUCUUAUUCAAGUAAAAGUUUAAAUGGUAUUGGUUGGAUGGUACAAGCAAAUGGUUCAACUGUUAAAUAUGGUCAAGAUUUAAUUGAUGAUCUUUACCGUGGUUUAGAAUUAGGUCAAGAGCAACAACAAAAGGAACAACAGCAACAGCAACAGCAACAGCAACAGCAACAGCAACAACAAAAACAACAACAAACUGAAAAUAAUGAAAUUGAAAAAAUACAACCAAUUUGGAUUGAGCAAUUCCGUAAACUUUAUAGAAAUAUUAAAAAAGUUCAUAAAAUUCAUCAACAAUUAGAUCAAAUGCAUCAUCCAGGUUAUCCAAAUGGUGAGAUUGAAGUUUUAAUUGAAUGUUUAUUAGAUGAUUCAAAUCCAUUAUCAUUGUAUCAAAAGAUUUUAUCAUUGAAAGCAGAUUGUAAAGAUUGGAAAAAUAAAAUGAAAGAUUUACCACGUCAAUUAUUAUUAUUAAAGAGUAAAGGUAUUUCAUCAUUUUAUUCAAAAAUUGAUAAAUUCUUAAAAUCACCAGAGAUCAUUAAUCAAGAUAACAUGUUAUCAAGAGAUAGUGUAAUUGUAUUAUGUUCUUUAAUUUAUCCAUAUGUUAAAUACUGUUUCCCUCUAAUUGAAAUCGAUGAACAAUUAAUAUUUACAACUAUAAAUAAGAAUUUAUUAUUAAAAUCUACAAAGAGAACUUUUGAAUUUUUAAAAGUAUUUUUUAAUUUUUUACAACCAGAAUUAAAAUUAAAAUUUAAUUUUGAUUUAUCAAAUUUAUCAAUUUCUUCAAAUCAAUUAAUUUUAAAUAAUAAUAAUAAUAAUAAUACUUCAGUGUCAUUUUCACCAUCUUCAACAUCAACAAUUAAUUCUCAAAUUAUAAUUUUAAAAUGUGAAAAUUUUGAAAAUGUUUACAAUUCAUUAUUUUUAGCAAAUGAUAAAAAGGCACCACAUCCAUCGCAAAUAUUUUAUUCAUCAAGUAAUGAAACAUUUGAUUUUCAACAUUUUAAUGAAAUUCAAAAUUUAGGUUUAUCUUUAAAUUAUUUCUUAAUUGGAUUACCACAAAAUAAAGAUGAAUUAUUUAAAUGGAUUUCAAAAAAAUAUAUUAAUAACAAUAACAAUAAUAAUAAUAAUAUAAAUAAUAAUAAUAAUAAUAAUAGUAAAAUAUUUUUAGUAACAACAGAGAAUAGAGAAUUAAUUGAAAUAUUUAAUAAUGUUAAACAAUUAGAAGUUAAAGAUGCAGAUUGGAGUCAAUUUAAAAGUUAUUGGUCAUCAAUUCAUAAUAGUAUUGGUAUUGGUUCAAUUUCAAUUUUAACAGGUAAUGGUAAAACUCAUUACGUUAAAUCUGAAAUGAAUGAAAAGCAAAUUAAACAAGGUAUACCAUCAAUUUCAAUUCAUAUUAGACCAAAUUGGGAUUGUAAUACAAUAGUUUCAAAUCUUUCAAAAUAUUUAAUUAAUGGAAAGCAACAACAACAACAACAACAACAACAACAACAACAACAACAACAACAACAACAACAACAACAACAACAACAACAACAACAACAACAACAACAACAAAGAGUUUCAUUAUAUUUCUUUAUUUCAAGUUAUUAUGAUUAUAAUCAAUUUAAUCAAUUCAUUUAUCCAUUAGUAACUUAUGGUUUCAUUGUUAGUGAUAAUGGUGAAAUAUUUAAUUUAUCAAAUGGUUUAUUAUUGGAUAUUUAUAUUGAAAUUGGUUCAUUUAUUGAAAAUGAUAAUAUUAAUAUUAAUAAUUUAAAGAAUAAUAAUAAUAAUAAUAUUCAAAUUAAUCACAAUGAAUUAAAAUAUAUAAAAUCAAUUAUACCAUUUUUAUAUAAUAUUGGUAAUGUUAUAGAUUCAAGUAAACCAUGGGAAUGUGAUAAUUUAAUUGAAAAGAAAUGUUUCCGUUAUUUAUAUUAUAUUAAAGAGUAUAAUUAUGAUUAUGAAAAUUCAAUUGAAUUUUAUCAAAAACCACAACAAGUUAAUACUAGUAAUAUGGAGAAAGAAGGUUAUGGAAUGAAUGAAUUCAUUCAAGAUGUUAGAUUAUUAUUAAGAAAACAAUUUCCAAGUGAUUGGGAGAAAACUAUAAUUCCCUAUUCAGAUUUCCUCGGUAUAAAGAAUCAAUAUCUUCACGAAAGAAAGAAUUUCUUUGCAUUACUUUCAGAGAAAUUAGAUUAUAUGGAUGUUUAUAUUGAUAAUUCACUUAAUCAUUGUUCAAAUAUUGGUAAUCUUUUACCAUGGAUUCUAUUGGAAUGUUUAGUAUUGACAUGUCCAGAUUUUUCAAAUCAAUCAAGUAAACAACUUUGGUCAAAUCCACCAACAAUUUCAAAGACUCAUUUGGAUUAUUGUAAAAAGAAUAGAUUAGGUAUACCAACCGAUGCUCAUCCUUUAGAAUUUAUAGAUUUCAAUGAUAAUAUGAAAACUUAUUCAAAACUUAUUAAUAAAUAUUCAACAUUAAAUUUAGUAGAUAAUGAAUGGAUACGUGGGAAUCAUAUUUUCAAUUUAGAAUCAUCAGUGCUUAAAAAGAGGGAAUUCUAUAAAUUGGUUGCAAAAUUCUUUAAAAUCUAUGAUUCAAAUAAUAGUAUGAUCAUUGAAAAGUUGUGUUUGGACUCAGGUUAUAUUCUAACACCAGAGUUUUCACUACGUUUAAUUAUUUUACAUGACCGUCUAAGAUAUCAAAAAUCCGUUGUAAUGGUUGGCGGUACUGGUGUUGGUAAAACUAAAUUACUUUAUUUCUAUUCAAUCAUUUUAAAUUUUCAAUAUGUAGAGGAGGCUCAAAAAGAAUUCAAUGCAAAAUUAAUUGAAGAAAUUAAUAGAAUCAUUGAUAAACGUGAAUCUGCAACUCAUAAAAUUAAAUCAUUAGCUCAUAUUCAUAGGAUUACAGAGGUGAUUGAAGAUCUUGCUAAAGAACGUCCAAUUGCAACUAAAGAUUUCUUAAAUGGUUUGGUUGAAUUUAUAUUAAAACAAUUAUCAAAGAAUCAUUUAGUACAUAAGGAUCAUCCACAAUUGGAAUAUUAUCGUCAAAAACAUCUCUAUAAAGCAAUCACUUUAGAUGAUGCAAAAAUAUUUUCAAAAUUAGCUUGUAAUCAAUUAAAUUAUAUUAAAGUUUAUCAUAGAUUUGUAAUGCAUUUGAAAUUCACUUCAAUCAUUUUUAAACAAACUUUACAAUCAAUCUUUUUAGAUGCAAAUCAUCUUUUAUCCUUAAAAAGUGAUAUCAAAAUUUUAGUAUUCCUUGAUGAAUUCAAUUGUUGUCCAACUGAUACCCUAAGUUUAAUUAAUGAAAUUUUCAUGGAUAAAACAAUUGAUGGUAUACCAAUUCCAACUAAUAUUUAUUGGAUUGGUGCAAUGAAUCCAUUAACAAAAUUAUCAAAACAACCACCAAUAACAAUAGCAACAUCAAAUAUUAUUGGUAAACAUAAUUUAAAGACAAGUUCAAAUUCAUUACCAACAACAACAACAACUACAACAAAUAAUAAUGAUAUUAUUGAUAAUAAUAAUAAUAAUAAUAAUAAUGAAUUAAUAAAAUCAAAAUCAGUAUUAUUAGAUUUUACAGGUGUUGAAGAAAAUGAUAAUUUAAGAGAUCAUGUAUUUUUAGUUCAACCAACACCACCAUCAAUGAAUAAGAUAGUUUUUAAUUUUGGUGAAUUUAAACAAGAUAAUGAAAAACCAUUUUUAGAAUGUUUAUUUGAAAUUAAGCAUUCAGAUUUAGAUGUAAACUUUAGUAGAAAUUUAAUAACGGUAAUUAAUGAAUGUCAAGACUUUUUAAGAAAUCCAAUAAUAAUCAAUAGUAAAAUUCAUCCAUCAAUUCGUGAUAUAAUGAGAGCUUCGAAAUUAUAUGAUUUCUUUACAACCAAUUCAAUUGGUGUUCAAAUUUUAAUUUCAAGUGGUUUCUUUUCUGAUGAAGAAAGACAAUUGUUUUAUUCGGAAAAGAAUAAACAACAAAAUUUAAAUUUAUCAUUAUCAACUUCUUCCUCUGGUAUUGGUAUUGCUCAACAAAUAGUUCCAACUCAUCUUUUAAAUAAAGAUGUUUUACAUUGGUGUUCAAUUAUUACUACAGUUUUCGUUGCUUAUUAUUUAAGAGUACCAGUAGCUUAUCGUAAAUUAUUUAAAGAGAAAUUACAGCAAUGUUUUGAUAAAAUUUUAAAACCAAAUAUUUUUCAAUUUAAAUCAUCAUCAUCAUCAUCAUCUUCAUCUUCAUCAAAUUUAAAUAAAUCCUAUGAUAAUAAUAAUAAUAAUAAUAGUAAUAUUAACAACAAACCAAUCACAUUUAGUAAAGUUUAUAAAGAAAUUUUAAGAUCAUUUUCAGAGAAAAUUAAAUCAAAAAUUCCAAAAGGUGUUGCAUUAACUCAAUCAUUACAAUUGAAUAUUUUCACAAUGAUAAUUUCAAUUAAUGUUGGUAUUGGUUUAUUAAUUGUUGGUCCACCAGGAUCUUCAAAAACUAUUAGUUUAGGUAUUGUUAUUGAUAUUAUGAAUGAUAAUAAUGUUGUUAAUCAAUAUUCUUCUUCAUCAUCGUCAUCAUCAUCAUCAUCAUCGUCUGUUGAUAAUGGAAAUAAUAAUAAUAAUGGUAGGUUAAAUAAAUCUAAUAUACCAAUUACAGCAUCAACUAAUAAUAUUAAUAAAUCACAAAAUAAUAAUGGUAUUAUUGGUAAUAAUGGUGGUGGAACAAAUAAUAAUAAUAAUAGAAAUAAACAAAUUGAUUAUAAUAAUGGAUUUUUUGAUAUGGCAAAUAUUUAUACAACAAAGUAUUGUUGUACACCACAUACAUCAGAUGAGGAGAUUAAAGCUAAAUAUGCUCAAGCAAUACGUCAUCAAGAUUUCUUCCAAAUGACAAAACAUGUUGUAUUUUUAGAUGAGGCAGGUUUAAUUAAAGAGGAAGAAGCACCAAUGAAAAUUUUACAUGACUAUUUAGAUAAGGAACAGCAUGUAUCAUCCGAUCAAAAUAUUAGUAAUAUUGAAACUAUCAUUCUAUCCAACAAGAUAUUAGAUGCUGCAAAAAAUAAUAGAAUGUUAAUUCUAUUCCAUAGUGAAACAAUUCAUGAAAAAGAUGAAGAGACUCUAGUUGGUACUUGUUUACCAAUGAUUAAUAAAUUGACGGAUAAACGUGAACAAUUGAAAAUUUCACAAGCCCUCUGUAAAGGUUAUAGAAUGUCCAAUAGAUUUAGUAGUGAAACUAAAGAGAAUUUAUUCCAUCAAAGGGAUUUCGUAUUCUUUUUACGUCAUUUAAAUAGAUCAUUAGAAUUACGUGAUAGUACCACAAUUACACCGGAAAUUCUAUUGGAAUCGUUGGAAAGAAAUUUCAAUGGUAUACCAUUUGAAAAGUUUAAAGAGUUGGCAUCGGUUUUCUUUAAAGAGUUUGGUUUCGAUAUUGUUAGAAAUAAACAAAUCUCUUCACUACUCUCAAUUGAUAAUUCAAUCAUUAGAAUUAAAGAGAAUUUAUCAGAGAAAUUAGAUUUAACAAAUAAUCCAAACAAUUCUUCAUUCCGUUUCAUUAUGAUCAUUGAUCCAUCUGAUAAUGAAAGUUCUCUAUCAAUAUUAAAAGAGAUUACCAAUUCAAAAUCAAAGGUAAUUCGUGUUGGUGGUUUCAAAGAUGAUCAAACUACAAAUUCAUUGGUUGACCUUUUCUCAGAGAUAAAGAAAGAAAUGUCAAGUGGUGGUACUGUAAUUUUAGUGAAUACUUCAAUCAUUGACCAAUGUUUCUAUGAUCUAUUCAAUCGUUAUUUCAUUUUAAUGGUUGAUGAUAAUGAAACUAGUCUUUGGGCAACCAUUUCAUUUGGUUCACAUACUGCUCAUCAAAAAGUUCAUCCAAACUUUAAGAUUGUAGUUUUACAACCAUUAUCAAAGAUAAAGAAUGUUCAAUUACCUUGGUUAAAUCGUUUUGAAAAGUAUCAACUUUCAACUGAAACCUAUGUUAACUAUUACCUUGAAAAUUGUUGUUCUCAAUUCGAUAGAGAUCUAUACAAUGAUCUAUUAAUAUCAAGUAAUCAAUUCAUCUCUCAUUUCAAUCAAAAUGGAAAAUAUUACCUUUAUGCUUAUCAUGAAAAAGAAACUAUAAUUUCAAUAAUUUUUAAUUUUAUAAGAUUUAAUUUAAAUAGUAAAUCAAAUAAUGAUAUAAAUUAUUAUAAUUCAUUAAUUAAUAAUAAAAAUAAUAAUAAUAAUAGCAAAGAACCAUUAUUUUCACCAAUUAGUCAAAUUAAUAUGAAAUUAUUAUCAUUAGGAAGACCAGAAAGAAUUUUCCACUCAAAAUUCUUACCAUCAGAUUAUUUAAAAGAAUAUUUAUUAGGUCAAGAACAUUUUAAUAUCUUUAGAUUUUUACAACAUUUACAAAUUAAUAAUUUAAAUAAUAAUAAUCAAUUUCCAAUUUGGACAAUUUAUACAAGAUCAUCAAUUGAUUUAUUUAAUUUAAAUGAAGAUUUAAUGAAUUAUGAAUAUAAUCAACAACAACAACAACAACAACAAGAAAGUAAUAAUAAUAAUAACCAAAAAUUAAAUUGUCAAAAGAAAUUAUUUAAAGUUUUCCAAACUUCAAAUUUUAAAUCAAGUUUUUCAUUUAAAAAGAGAUUUAAUGAAUUUUUAACAAAUAAAGAAUGUAAUCAAGAUGAAAUUCAAACUGCUAUUAUCGUAACCGAUAUGAAUGAAACAAAUAAUUCACAAAUUAAUUUCAUUAUAAAUUAUUUAGAUAAAAAAUUAAUUCAAGAUUAUAAAAAGAAUGUUAUAAUAAUUUGUCAUUAUCCACAUCAACUAUCAAUUUCAAAUCAAAUUAAAUUUAGUGUUAAUUAUUUACAUCAAAUUGAAUAUAUUUAUAUUGAUAGUUUAGGUAUUAAAUUUAAUAAAUACCACCACCAACAACAACAACAACAACAACAACAACAACAACAACAACAACAACAACAACAACAACAACAACAACAACAACAACAACAACAACAACAACAACAACAACAACAACAACAACAACCUCAAGAUACAAGUAGUAUUGUUGAAACUUCAAAUAGUGGUAUAACAAUAUCAUCAAUUGAAUCAUCAUUAAGAGAUGAUUGUAUUGAUUCAGAGGUUAAAAGUUGGAUUGCAAAAGCAUGUGGUUUAGACAUUGAUUUAAAUAUUGAUUCAAUCUAUUCAAUUUUAGAGAAAUCACUAUUACAACAAAUCAAUCUUUUAAUUAAACAUACAAAUAUUAAAUUUGAUAGUGAAUAUGAUGAAGAUGAUUUGUUCACUUCAACUAAUAACUCUGAUACUACCAUUAGUACAUCAAAUACAGCCACAACAACCGAUGUAAGUCAAUGUUCAUCAAGUCAAAGUGUUGAUGAAAUUACAUUUGAUAUAGUCGAUAUUAAAGAAGAUAUAUUUUCAAUAUUUAUAAAACAUUCAAAUUGGUGUAAAGAAAUUUUACAACUUUUUAUUACAAAAAGUAAUGAAUCAAUUGUACCAUCACCAUCACCAUCACUAUCAUCAUCAUCAUCAUCAUUAGAUAAUGAAAAUCAUGAUAGAAAUGGUAGUGCUAGCAAUAAUAUAUUUAAUACAAUUGUAUCAAAUUGUUCAGAAAGUGUUUUAUCAGGUUGUUCAAUGAGUAAAUCAUUCUCAGAUUCAAUUAAAGAUACAUUGAAUGAAUAUUUACAACCUAUUGUUUUCAAAGUUUUACAAUCAAUUUUAUCACAACAAAAUAUUACACAAUUACUAUCUAUUGAACAAUCAAGUGAUCAAGAAACUUUAGUUCUCUUAUUCAUUAAAUCAAUUAAACUAAGUGAAAAACCAAUUUCAUUAGAAAUUAUUGAAAAGAGUAAAUUUGAACAAAUUCAAGUGAAUUAUCAUUAUAAAGAAUCAAAUUUACCACUAUAUGAUCCAAUUUCAGAUUUUAUUCAAAAUCAAAUUGAACCAAUUAUAAAUCAAUAUCAAAAUAUUCAUCACCAUCAAAGAGUAAUGAAACCAAAAGAAUUAUUUAAGAAAUUAGAAGAAUCAAUUAAAAAAUCAUCAUUCAAUCAAUUAAUUGAAUUUAUUGAAAAUAAUGAAGAUCUUAGAAAUUGUUUUAUUGAAGAUUUUGUUAUUAGAACUUUAAAAAUAUUAAAACCAAGUAAAUGGAUGAAAUUAUUCCGUGACAUAUUAGAUCUAUUAAGUAAACCAUGGAGUAGUAGUAGUGGUAGUAGAAAUACCAAUUUAUCAUUAUUAAAAUAUUUUGUAGUUUUACAUUAUCAAAAAUCAUUUUUAGCUUUUAUUAAUGAUAUUACAGAUUGUCUUUAUAGUAUAUUUGAAAAAGAUACUAAAAAGAAUAGAGAUCAAUUACAAAAGGAUUUAUUAGCAUGUAUUAAAGUAAAUUCAACAAAUGAACAAGCAAUUCAUUCAGAGAUUAUCAAAUUAAUUAUUAAACGUUUCGAUAGUAGAUUCAAUGAAUUUUAUAAUGAUAAAAAGAAACCAAUUGAAGAAUUUAUUUCAUCUCUUGGUGAUUGGACAACUGAAUUUUCAAUCAUUUUAAAUAUUAUUCCAAUGGAUCAAAUUUUUAAAUCUUUAAAACAAUUUGAACAACAACAACAAUUAGAAAAUAAUGAAAAUAAUGAUAAUAAAGAAUUGUCAAAAGACAAUAGCAGCAACACCACUAUUAUUAAUAAUAGUAUAAAUAGUAAUAGUAGUAAUAAUAAUAAUGAAGAAAAUUAUGAAUUAUUAUCAAAAUCAAUUAAUAUUCAAUAUAAUUAUCAAAUUUCUUUAGCAAUAUUUAUAAAUCAUGAUUCAGCAAAUAAGGAUGACUUUUUAAUUGAAUAUAAUCAAACAUUCAUUGAAAUCUUUGAAAAAUGUAAAACCAAGAAACAUUUAAUGUUGGAUAUACUUAGACCAAUAAUACCAUUAAGAAUAUCAAAUAUUACCGAAUUUUUAAUGAUUUAUAAUUCACAACUUUAUCAUCAUCUCUUACCAGAUACUUGGGUAAAUAGUGUAAUUUGUGAUAUCUUUGAAAAGACAACACCAAAAGAAAUUGAAGAAAUCAUUUUCAAAUUAAAAGAAGUUGUUGAACCAAUGCUAUUCAUACCAGAUAUUUAUUUAAAUCAUUUCGAUUGGUUUAAUAUUAGAUUUAUUAUAGAUUACCCAUUUAAACCACCAAUUAACUAUCCAUUAAUUCAAGUAUUAUACAGAUCACUUUUACAAGUUUCAAGAAAAGAAUUGGAAAAGAAUGAUCAAAUCAAUAGUAAUAAUAAUUAUUUAAAAGAAUCAAUAAUUAAUAUUAAUGAUUUAAUUAAAUAUCAAUUAUUAGAAGAAUCACCAUUUUCAAAAUUAAAUUCAAUAGUUUUAUCAAGGAAUUUAAUGGAUAGAUUAAUCGAUCAUUUAUAUCAAUGUUUUAAAUCGGUUAAUCAAGGUGAAAUUAAUGCAACAUUAAUGAAAGAGAAUUUAUCAACUUUCCAAGAUUCACUUUAUCUUACAUUUAUUUUAAAUCCUGAUAAUGAAAAUAAUUAUAUUCAAAAUUCAUUCAAUCAACUUUAUUUCUUAAAUGAAUUAAAGUAUAUUAGUAAUAAACAUAUUGAUGUUAUUUUAGAUUGUCAAGAUUUAAUGGAUAUGCUAGGUUUAUCAAGUAUUGGUAAAUUAAGACAAACUAAUAAUGAAACUUAUUUACUAUUGGUUAAUAUAAUUAAAUCUUAUAUUGAUUCAAGAGAUUCAAUUGAUAAAUCUGAUACUUUCAAAUAUCGUUAUAGAGAACCAAUUUCAUUAAAUAAUAAAUGGGUAGAACCAAUCAAUCAUAUUGAAAAAGAAUUAUUUGAAAGAGAAUUCCCCUUAAUGAAAUUUUUCCAAGAUAAUCUUAAAACUUUAUCACUAUCAACUCAUUUUGAUGUUUUAAUUAAAUUUAUGUCAAUGUUUAGAAAAUUAUUCUAUAAACGUUUACCAAGAGAUUUCAUUCAUAAAUCAAUUCAAGAAGCUUUUAAUUAUCUUUUAGAUUUUGAAAGUAAAGAAUCAAUUAAACCUUUAUUAAAUUGUUGGAAUGAAUGUAAACAAUCAUUUAAUCAAUUUAUAAUUCAACAAAAAUUUGAAGAAGAAGAAGGAAAUAAUAAUAAUAAUAAUAAUAAUAAUAAUAAUAAUAAUAAUAAUAAUAAUAAUAAUAAUAAUAAUAAAAAUAAUAAUAAUAAUUUAAUUGAAUUAAAUGAUAAUUUACCAAUUUCAUAUUUAAUUUGUCAUUAUAGUUUUAUAAAUGGAUCAAAGAAUAAAACAUUAUCAAAGGAUUUAAUAUCAAAAGAAAUUGAAAAAUGGCAAAAUAUAGUUGGUAAAUUAAUUUUAACAAAAGAUAAUUAUUUACAAGUUAAUGAUGAAUAUAUUAGAGUAGAAUUUAAACAAAUUUUUGGUUCAACAAGUUUAAAGAAUCAAUUUAAAAAUUUUAUUGGUUCAAAUUAUCAAGAGUAUUAUCAAUUUUUAAUACAAUUAAAAUUAGUUUACAAUUGUGGUGGUUCACAACUUGAAGAUCAAUUAAAUCAAGAUUCAAUUAUCAUUCAAAAUAAAUUCAUUUCAUUAUUUAUUUCUCAAAAAAGAUUAAAACCAGAUAUUAAAAAGAAUUUAUAUAAAGAAGAAUUCCCAUUUAGUUGGAAAAGAUUUAACCAUGGUGAUCAAAUUAAAUCAACAGCAACAACAACAACAAGUAGUAUUGAUUUAAAUCAAAAUAUUUAUCCAGACUCAAUUAAAACUUUAAAACAACUUUUAAAUAAUGGUUUAGAAUAUGAUUUAUCAAAUCAAUUUAAUGAUUAUGAAGAAUUUAAAGAAUUUUGUAAAACUAUACCAUUUGAUCAAUUGAUUUCAAUGUCUGAAUAUUUAGUUGAAGCCAUUUUAAUAUUUUCAAAUCUUGAUCAUACAAUGGAAAAUAAUAUUACAGUUCUAUUAUCUAAAAAAAUCAUUGAAUUUAAUGAGUUAAAUUCGAUGAUUCAUUCAAAUUUACCUUGUGAAUUUGUAAAGAUAAUUGAAAGUACCUCAUUUGGUUCCAUUUUCCAAAUUUCCCAAAUUGUAGUCUCAAGUUGUAGUAUUUUCGAUAGAUUAUAUACAGGUAUCAUUCAUGAACCAAAAUCUUUAGAACCACAACAUCUUAAUAGUAUCAAGUCCAUUGAAAAUGAAAUAAUCUCUACCAUCGAUAAGAAUCCAAAUCAACUAUUCCCAAUGAUUGAAACAAUCUCUGGUAUUAUCACUUCAUUAUCACUUGGUUUCGUUAAACAAUUGGUUUCAGAACAAAAGAUUAAAUUUAAAGAUUUAUCAAAUAGUUUUAUAAAUUCAACAAUUGUUUAUAAUGGUUCAAUUAAUUUACCAUUAUGCUAUUAUCCAAUCUUUAUGAGAUCUCUUGUUAAACUAUUAACAUUACUUCAUCUUAAAUCUCAACAAGUUUAUUAUCAUCGUGAUUGUUCAAAAUAUAUAGAACCAAAAUGGGUUAUAAAGUUAAGACCAAUUUUACAACAACAACAACAACAACAACAACAAAUUAAUCUUAAACAAACUAUUGAAGAUAAAUUUAGUAAAACAAAUUUUAAUUCAGUUCAGCAACCAAUAAUUACCUCACAAUCAAUAAAAUCUUCUACUAAUAUAACAACACCAAUACCACCAACAUCAACCUUACCAUCAAUACCAUCUUCAUUAACAACAAAACCAACUGAAAUAAUACCACCAAAAAUAAAUAAACCAAUAAUAGAAUCACCUACAAUACUUAAUAUUCAAACAUUAUCAUCCUCAAUAACUAAUCAUAAUAAUAAUAAUAAUAAUAAUAAUAAUAAUAAUAAUAAUAAUAAUAAUAAUAAUAAUAAUAAUAAUAAUAAUAAUAAUAAUAAUAAUAAUAAUAAUAAUAAUAAUAAUAAUAAUAAUAAUGGUGAUAAUAAUAAUAUUAAUAAUGUUAAAAAUAAUGAUAAUCAAUUAACAACUAAAAUUGAAAUUGAAAAUGAAAUUUCAUUUAAUUAUAAAAUUUUAUAUGAUAGAGAAAUUUUUAUUAAAUUUUUAAAUGAAAAAACAAAAUUAACAGUAGAGUUUAAAGAAAAUUUAAAGGAAUUAGGUAUUGAUUGUUUUUCAGUUGUAUUAAAUUUAAAAAAAGAAGAUUGGACCUCAUUAAAGAUACCAUUAGCAAAGAGAAAUGAAUUGAUCAAUUUAACAAAAUUAGAGAUACCUCAAGAUAUAAAAAGAGAAUAUCAAUUUAACACCAGUGGUAAUAAUAAUUCAUCAACAGACCUCCAAUGUUCAACAACUUUUAAAAACUUUUUAAUUGAUAUUGUUGGUUUGGAAAAUCAAAAACAAUUAUCAGAGGAAUUAGGUUUCGAUUCUUUAAUUAGUAUUAUUCCUGAUGGUGAUGAUGGUUAUGAUGAAUUAAUAUCAGAAUUAUUAAUAAUUUUAAAAUCUGCAACUUGUUUCAACUUAAUAAAUCAAUUAAAAGAAAUAAAAAUAAAAUAA